UUGGAAGUUCUAGAUUUUGGUAACAACAAGAUUAAUAGCACCUUCCCUGUUGGUUGGAAACUCUUCCAAAGUUGCAGGUUCUUAUCUUGCGAUCAAACAACUUUCAUGGUGCCUUAGGAAACCCCAAGACCAAAUUCCCAUUCCCAAAUUUGCGAAUCAUAGACCUCUCUCACAAUGAGUUCCAUGGGCAUUUGCCGACAAACCUUUUCAAGUAUUUAAAAGCCAUGAUGAAUGUGAGUGCAGACAAAGGUGAAUUGAAAUAUAUGGGUGAUAAUUAUUAUCAAGAUUCUGUGACAGUGGUGAUGAAAGGGUUUUUCUUUGAUUUGGUAAAAAUCCAAAGUCUAUUCACAACCAUUGAUUUCUCCAACAAUAAUUUCAAAGGAGAAAUUCCAAAGGUAAUUGGAGAGCUUCGAUCAUUGAAGGGGCUUAAUUUUUCACACAAUAAUCUUACAGGUUGUAUGCCUCAAUCGUUGGGAAAUUUAACCAAUCUUGAAUGGUUAGAUCUCUCCUCAAACAAGCUCACAGGUGAAAUUCCUAUACAAUUGGUAGAUCUCACAAUGCUAGCAUUUUUAAACCUAUCAGAAAAUUAUCUUUUUGGACAUAUACCCCAAGGUAAACAGUUCAAUACCUUUAUGAAUGAUUCUUACUAUGGGAACCGUGGGUUAUGUGGAUUUCCAAUGACAAAAGCUUGUGGCAAUGAUGAGGGACAACAACCAUCACCAUCAUCAACCAUUCAAGAAGAUGAUUUCGAAUUUGAAAAUGGGUUUCAUUGGAAAGUUGUAUUGUUGGGGUAUGGUUGUGGAUUCAUGUUUGGAUUGGGUUUGGGUUAUCUUGUGUUCUCAAGUGGAAAACCGAAAUGGCUAGUGAAUAUUGUUUAUGGAGGAAGACAUAACAAGUUACAAAGAUCCUAGAAGAAUGCUCGUGGACGAACUCAUUGAAGAAGAAUUUAGUGGAUACAAAUACUAGGUACUAAUUCGGUCCUUUUUGAUGACAGCAAUUUUAAUAAAAACCAUUUCAGACCUUGAGGGUUUUCAAUAAAAUUGAUUUCAUCAAGGAGGAGCUUGAAAAGGCUUGUCCAGGGGUAGUUUCAUGCGCUGAUAUUGUUUCUAUUGCCACAAGAGAUGGCAUUAUGCUGGUCGAAAACUUCAAAAAAUUCAAAAAAAAAAAAAA